AGAAGUUAAGAGAUAAAUGACAUUAAGUUAUAUCCUAGUUACAGUUCACGGAUUCUGCCAUGCAGUUUAUGCUUUCGCUGCUAGCCCUCUCGGGCUACUUAGCAUUCGCUGAAGGUUCCCUCAACGAGCUACCCGUUCAUCCUGGAGUGGGAGGACUAUACAAAGGCCCCAACUCAGAAACCAUCAUCAAAGGCCCAGAUGGCAGCGUCAUCACUGCUCAAGCAGAAGGAGGGUCUGUCGUUACACAGGACCUUUCUCAACCUAUUGUGGUUCCUGACACUCUAGAUGUAGAACCCCUUCAGUCAGUAGAACCAGCUAUUUCUACAGUCGCUGUGGCACCAGUAGCAACCGUAACUGCUGCUCCAAUUGUAGCUCCAGUAGCUGCAGUAGCGCCUGUUGUACCGGUUGGGCAUACAGUGGAGAUAAUACAGCCUGAUCCUCACAUCAUUGAAACCGAAAUUGUCGAUGCACCUCUGAUAGAACCACAGCAGUCAACCGACCUGGUGGGCCCUUCUGGAAGCAUUUCUACUAGAGGAUCGAGUUCAAUUGUUUCUGGACCAGCUUCCACGACUAUAUCAGAACCUGCAAAAGUGUUACUAGCCGCACCACUGGUAGCAGCAGUUCCAGUAAUAUCUACAGUCACAACACCACUGCGAGCUAUACCAGUCGUUGAAGGGACUGUUGAUAUUCCACUUGGCCCACCAAUUGCUACGGUUACAGCUUCUCCACUACUUGUAUCUUCAGCAGCACCUCCGAUUGAACUAAGAGGCGUUACAGUAGGUGCACCCGCGUCUAUUAGUACUGUGGUACCUACUGUAGGAGUAGUUUCAACUACUCUGGCUCCUCCAAUACUUAUUUCAACAUCCGGAUCUGUCCAAACAUCAAAUAUUGGCGCAUCUAUUCAACCUGCAUCGUCGUAUGGAGUAAUAAAUAAUCUAGAUAACAGUAUAUCAUCUACUCCACGUCCGAAUACAGUAUUAUCUUCUACAUUAACGCCUGUUGUAACAUCUACCCAGGGAAUUGGAGAAAUAGUCUCAACUAUAUCAUCUAGAGAUUUAAAUCUCAUUAACAAUAGACAGUUGAACAUAAACCCUUCUCUUAUCCCUUCUGCCAACAUCAUCCCUCCAGAAAUUGGACCGUUACCCACAGGCGCAAUAGAUCUAGGAUCGACUGUGACUGUGUCUACAAUUCCACGAGCUUCUGGCUUGAUAUCCCCAUCAGAAUCACCCAAUAUUCAGAGAAUAGACAAUGCAAAUGCUGUACUAUCAGAAAACAGCGGGAGAAAUGGUCUACAUACGUCGAUUCGAACUGAUGGUAAAAUAGAUCAGCUAGCCACAAAUCAGGUGAUCCUGGCGGGCAAUGGAGUUUCAAGCGGACCGGUUCCUCAACGGAUAUCUGUUCCGCUAUUAAGGGAUACUAACCUCAUUCCGGUUGGUAUUCCUCGGAAUGGAAUAGUAGGAACUCAGUUGGCUAACUACGGAAUAGAUUCGUCUCAGAUAGACCUGACAAAUGUUCCUUUGGCGUCGGUAUCUGGUCUUCCUAGGACGAUUGACCAGGAGAUUGACGAUGUUUCGGCACAGCUAUGGAAUAGGUAUGGAAGGGAUGUAGAAGAGAAAAAGUUAAAGAAGCAAAAGGGAAAAAAUGAGGAAAAAUAAUGUUUAUGUAUUAUUAAAUAUGUCUAGUCUUAUUGUACAAAGAGGUUAUGGUGUAUUUAUUUAUUAGUCAAUGUAGCUUAGUGUUAACAGUGUUGUUAUUUGUUUUAAAUACUGGUGUCAGCUUUUAUUUAAUCUGAGUGCACUCACUACCAUAAAGGUGAUUAUUUAAAGAAUAGUUAAUAUCUUUAACUAAAGAUAGGUACUCGUUUGUUUCUAAAAUAUUUGCGCAAUAAGGUAUGUUUUAUGUUCAAAUAUAUUUUACCCUAAAA